CAUCAAUCACGGAAAAUUGAAGAGGACGACGAGGAAGAAAGAAAAUCAUAUCUGUACGUCUAAACCCUAGAUUGAGAUUUACAGCUCUUGGAAACAUCCUUAACUCAAAUUAGUGUCAUAGGAGCAAAUUGUUGUUUGGAUUCUUUGUUGAUAGAGCUGAAGGUAGAAUGUCAAUGGGAAAUCGCGGGCAGAAACGCUCGGAGAUGGGUGAUGAAUUGCCGGCAGAUAAACGUCCCUGUAGUUCAUUGGAGUUUAGACCAAGUUCUUCGAACUCAUCAGCGCAAACCCAAGUGCAUUCCACAAAUUCUACACCUCAAACCCAUGACGCUGACAUGGACGCUUUCUCGUCUGACUCAGAUGGAGAACAGGACAAGGAUUCACCAUAUGGGUCUUGUGAUUCUGAUGAUGCAGAGCCAAGAAGGCACAUCAUGCUUCGUGAUUAUCAAAGACGGAGAUCCUCUAGUGAUCAUGGGAAAUUAAGUGGCAUUUUGUCAAAUUUGGAUGUAGAUAAUGAUCCAUCUGGGCAGUUGGCUGCACUAACCGAGCUUUGUGAAGUGUUGUCAUUUGGUACAGAGGAUUCUGUUUCUGGCUCUGUGGCAGAUUCCUUAUCUUCGCUUCUUGUAAAGCUAGCGAAGCAUGAGAAUAAUGCAGAGAUAAUAUUAUUGUCUAUAAGGGCUAUAACAUAUCUAUGUGAUGUGUUUCCUAGAUCAUCUAAUUACCUUGUUGGGCAUGAAGCUGUCCCAGCACUUUGUCAAAGAUUGUUGGCAAUUGAGUACUUGGAUGUAGCUGAGCAGUGUUUGCAAGCAUUGGAGAAAAUAUCUCGUGAGCAACCACUUGCUUGUUUAGAAGCUGGGGCUAUCAUGGCUGUUCUAAAUUUUAUUCAUUUCUUCUUACCAAGUGUACAGAGAGUUGCACUUUCAACUGUAGUGAACAUAUGUAAGAAACUUCCUUCUGACACUCCUUCAAAUUUAAUGGAAGCUGUUCCAAUAUUAUGUGGUCUUCUUCGACAUGAGGAUCAACAGUUGGUAGAAAGUGCAGCCAUUUGCUUGAUUAAGAUGGCAGAGCGGAUGAGUCACUCUUCUGAUAUGCUAGAUGAACUUUGUGAAAAUGAGCUGAUUAAUGAAGUCACUAACCUCAUCAACUCAAAUGGCCGAACUACCUUAUCCCAGCCUAUUUACAAUGGUUUAAUUGGAUUACUUGGAAAACUUUCUUCUGGCUCGUGUGUGGCUUUCAAAAGACUGUAUGAGCUAAAUAUAAGCAGCAUGUUGAAGGAUAUAUUAUCUACUUAUGACCUCUUGCACGGAAUAUCUUCCCCACAUCUGGUCCAUGGCAAUUGCAAUCAGGUACAUGAAGUUCUAAAGUUGCUAAAUGAGAUGCUUCCUCCAUCAGCAAGAGAUCAAGGCAAUCAACAGAUUUUGGACAAAGAAUCCUUUUUAGUUAGUCGCCCUGAUCUACUACAAAAGCUUGGAAUGGAUAUACUUCCAAUUUUGAUCCAGGUGGUUAACUCUGGUGCAAAUAUAUACAUCUGUUAUGGCUGCCUAUCUGUUGUAAGUAAGUUGGUUUAUUUGAGCAAAUCUGACAUGCUCGCUGACUUGUUUAAGAGUGCCAACAUUUCAAGUUUUCUGGCUGGCAUAUUUACUCGUAAGGAUCACCAUAUCCUGCUGUUAGCUCUACAGAUUGCUGAGAUGAUCCUCCAAAAGCUUUCCGAUGUUUAUUUGAACUCUUUUAUCAAAGAGGGUCUGUUCUUUGCCAUUGAUGCUCUCUUAACACCUGAGAAAUGUUCACAAUCAAUGUUUCUGGUGAAUGGUGGCUUCCAUCUGCCAUCUGAUUCAAGUCAAAAGUCUUCCGGAAGAGAGGUCCUAAAAUGCUUAUGUUAUGCUUUUAACGCUGGACCUUCUCACUCAGCAUCAGAAACAGGAAAUUGCAAGAUUGAAAAAGAUUCUGUUUGUAAUCUUGCAAAGCAGAUUAAGACCAAUUACUUUGCUCCAGACUUAUUUGAUUCUCAGAAAGGGGUGACUGAGAUUCUUCAAAAUCUUAAAGAACUUUCACAUGCCUUGAGUGACUUGAUGAGCAUGCCUAUUAAUGGGGAUACCCCAGAUCAAAAUCAAGAAAAGUUUUCCUCUGUAUUGCACCAGAUCAUGGAGAAGAUUACUGGAAGAGAACCUGUUUCAACUUUUGAAUUUAUUGAAAGUGGAAUCCUGAAGUCACUAGUAAAUUACCUAUCUAAUGGUCUGUAUCAUGGUGAUAAAGUGGAGCUUAAUGGUGUAAACAGUCAUUUGUGUGUUCUGGGAAAGAGAUUUGAGGUGUUUGCAAGGCUGCUUUUGUCUUCUACAGAUUUCCUCAUUGAGGACUUGCCUUUGUUAGUGAUAACACAAAAAUUACAAAGCGCUUUGUCUUCUUUGGAAAACUUCCCUGUUGUUUUAAGCCAUGACUUUAAGCAGAGACACUCAUAUGCUACUGUCCCAAAUGGACACUCCACAACAUAUCCUUGUUUUCGAGUUCAUUUCCUUAGGGAAGAAGGGGAGACAUGUUUGUGUGAUUAUUCUGAACAUGCUGUGACUGUUGAUCCUUUUUCUUCUUUGGAUGCCAUUGAGAAUUUUCUGCGGCCUAAAGUUUUUGAAAAAAGAAUGGAACACGUGGAAACAGAAGCUCAGACUUUGGAGCAGCAGAUGGAUUAUCAAUCUCUUCAUUUACCAGUGAAUGCAAACUCUAGUCAAGGCGAGAGUUCAGGCUUUGUGGAGACUGAUAAUGAUGGCACCUCCAUUAAUUUGCCUGAGAUGCAGGAAGAAGAGGUUAAGUUGCCAGAGUCUGCAUCUGAACAAGUAGUGCAUUUAAGUCAAAUGGACCAUGGCCAGACAACGACUUUGGAUGAAACUGAUGUUGGCUUUGCAGUGCAAGAACAAAAAUUUCCUGCAGAAUCAGAUGUCAAUGCAGAAAUUCAGUCCUGUUCAUCUGGUGACAAUGAAGAUGUUUCACCACAGUUGACACUUUUCCUAGAAGGUCAUAAACUGGACCAAACUUUGACAUUAUAUCAGGCAAUUCUUCAACAACAAAUAAGAUCAGAAACUGAAAUGAUUACUGGGGCGAAGUUGUGGAGUAGAGUAUACACAAUUACUUAUAGAAAAUCUAAGUGUAGUGAUCCUCAAAAGAAUAAAUGCUUAAGUCAGAAUUCCUCUGUUUCAGCUGAAGUUGAUCCCUUAGUGCAGAAUACUGCCUUUUUGCCCAGAAUGUUCCCUUGCAAACUUGCUUCUGGUUUUGAUAAGUCUAGUCCUGUUUAUGACAUAUUGUUUUUGCUUAGAAGUUUGGAAGGCAUGAACAAGUGCUCAUUUCACCUUCUUUCUUGUGAAAGAAUACAUGCAUUUGCUGAAGGAAGACUGGAUAGCCUGGAUAAUUUGAAGGUAUUAGUUCAUUCAGUGCCACAAAACGAGUUUGUUAGCAGUAAGUUGACAGAAAAACUAGAACAACAGAUGCGGGAUUCUUUUGCAAUGUCCACUGGUGGUUUGCCUUUCUGGUGUAAUCAGUUAAUGGUUUCCUGUCCCUUCUUAUUUAGUUUUGAUACACGAUGUAAGUACUUCCGGCUAGCUGCAUUUGGUCCAAGGAAAGUUCAACCUCGUCCAAUGCUUAAUAACAAUUCAGGGGGUUCAAGUGACAGGCAACUUUCUCCAGGGAGUUUGCCUCGUAAGAAGUUUUUGGUUUCACGGGACCAGAUUCUGGAGUCUGCUGCCAGAAUGAUGGACUUGCAUGCCCGUAGUAAAGUACUGCUUGAAGUGGAAUACAACGAAGAAGUUGGCACUGGUCUUGGUCCCACUUUAGAAUUCUAUACCCUUGUUAGUCAUGAAUUUCAGAAGCCUGGCCUUGGCAUGUGGAGAGAUGAUCACAGUUCAUUUUCCAUGAUGAAAGCCUACUGUGUUGGGAAUUCUGGAAUCCUGAUAACUCCUUUUGGACUUUUCCCUCGUCCAUGGUCACCUACAUCAAAUGCAUGUGAUGGGAUUGAGUUCCCUGAAGUAUUAAAAAAAUUUUUUCUUUUGGGGCAAAUUGUGGCAAAGGCUAUUCAAAAUGGAAGGAUACUGGAUCUUCCCUUCUCCAAAGCCUUCUAUAAACUUAUUCUUGGGCAGGACCUUAGUCUGUAUGACAUCCAAUUAUUUGACCCUGAGCUUGGUAGGACACUGCUAGAGUUUCAGGCUCUUGUUGGUAGGAAAAAAAUUUUGGAAUCCAUGUGUGAGGAAAACUCAACAUUACAAUUGGACUCAUGCUUCCGGAACACUAGGAUUGAGGACCUCUGUCUGGACUUUGCUCUUCCUGGAUAUCCAGAUUAUGUUCUUUCUGAUCAUGAUUAUAAUACUGUCAAUUUUUCUAACUUGGAGGAAUAUGUUAAGCUUGUUGUGGAUGCUACCAUAAAAAGUGGAGUUUCCAGACAGGUUGAUGCUUUUAAAUCUGGAUUUAACCAGGUUUUUUCAAUAGAGCACCUCCAAAUUUUUACUGAAGAAGAGCUCGAGCAUUUACUCUGUGGAGAACAUGACUCUUGGACUAUUAAUGAACUUUUGGAUCAUAUCAAGUUUGAUCAUGGAUACACAGCUAGCAGUCCUCCAAUUAUUAGUUUACUGGAAAUCAUAGAGGAGUUUUCCCCUGAACAUAGACGAGCAUUCCUGCAGUUCGUGACUGGGGCACCUAGACUUCCUCCAGGGGGGCUGGCAUCCCUACAUCCAAAAUUGACAAUUGUCCGUAAGCAUAGUGGCAAUUGCGCAGAUGCAGACCUACCUAGCGUGAUGACUUGUGCCAACUACCUGAAGUUGCCACCUUAUUCAUCAAAAGAGAGAAUGAAAGAGAGGCUCUUGUAUGCCAUAAGUGAGGGGCAAGGCUCGUUCCAUCUUUCGUAGUGCUUGCAGGUACAUAACUCGUAAAUUUGUAAAUUACUAGGAACAUGAUAGUGGUGUAGAUAAUAUGGGGUGGCAAGAGAUGGUGGUGCAUUCGACGGUUAAAGGAGGAGCAGAUUGUCGGAGGGGACAAGAGGAAGCUCCUGUCAUCACUGAUUGAUAUUUUGGUUGAAUGUAUAAAAAUGGGUGGAGAUAUGGAAUAGGUUUUUUAGGUUCAAGUUUGGGGAAGCUGUACAGGGAAAAAGUUGGUGAAAAACUCAAAUGGGUGUUCUUUUCGUUCUGCAUUCAUGACUUGAAGCUAUAUGUACAGAAUUGGUUGUUACACAAAAAACACUCAUUAGCUGCAAAAGAAGGUUGUGACUUGUGAAAUAUAAUGUGUGGAGAACA